CAAGUGAUGUGGGCCCCCCUUUCAUGGAAUUUUUGAAGUUUGAAGCAUUUUACUCGGACAGAUUUUCCCAGAUAAUAAACAAAUAAAGUUUUAAUUUUUUUAGAGAGAGAAAGUGUGGGGGUAGUAAAACAAGGAGAAGAAGGUUGUGUGAGCUGAGAGCGGCCAAUUGCUUUUGCCCUUUUUUCAAAAAGCAAACAUCUUUUUCUUUCACACCCCUUCAAACCCUCUUCUUCUUCAUCCCUUUCUCUCUCUAUCUCUUAAUUUCUUUGAUUUUUAUUGGGUGUAAUUUCUUUGAGCUUGCAUAUACCUGCUUGAAUUUUUACUUGGUGGAAGAAUCUCAAAAACCCAGGAAAACCCAUUUUUUCUUCUGCAUUCUCAUGAUCUAAUUGUUGGAAUCCGGCACCAUGACGAGGUUGACUCGUGAAUUUGCAACAAUGCAAAAGGAGAAUGUCCCGGCUGUUUCAGCUGACGUGACAUUCCUUUCAAGUCGGUUUCCUAAUUACAGGAUAGGGUCUGAUAAUCAGGUUUUGGAGGUCAAAGAUGAGCAAAAGGUAUCAAUGAAGGAGAUUGUUGCUCGAGAGACUGCAAUGUUACUGGAACAGCAAAAACGCCUUUCAGUUCGUGAUCUUGCCCACAAAUUCGAGAAGGGAUUGGCAGCUGCUGCUAAGUUGUCAGAAGAGGAUAAACUCAAGGAAGCUGCUUCUUUGGAGAAGCAUGUUCUUUUGAGGAACCUUAGAGAUGCCUUGGAAUCCUUAAGGGGUCGUGUGACUGGUAAAAACAAGGGAGAUGUAGAACAAGCUAUUUCCAUGGUUGAGGCUCUAGCUGUUCAGUUAGCCAAAAGGGAAGGAGAAUUGCUUCAUGAAAAGGAGGAGGUGAAAAGGCUAGCACACUUUUUGAAGCAGGCGUCUGAAGAAGCAAAAAGGCUUGUUGAGGAGGAAAGAUCUAUUGCUCGCUCUGAAAUUGAAAACGCCAGAGCAGCUGUGCAGCGUGUGGAAGAAGCCAUUCAGGAACAUGAGCAAACAUCCCGAGCAUCAGGAAAGCAGGACUAUGAAGAAUUAAUGAAAGAAGUUCAAGAGGCUAGACGCAUCAAAAUGCUCCAUCAGCCUAGCAAAGUAAUGGACAUGGAAUAUGAACUUCGAGCAUUAAGGACUCAGCUCGUUGAGAAGUCUAAGCAUUCCAUUCUACUUCAAAAGGAGUUGAUAAUGAAGAAAAAGAACGAGGAUGAAUUUUCCCAUUUAUAUGAAAUUGAUGGCCAAGAGCUAUUAGGUUCAUUUUUGCGUGUCCAAACACGUUCUGAUGAGGCUGCAGAGCUCUCAGAGUGCUCAAUUCAGUGGUACCGGAUAGCAUCUGACAGUGAGAAAAAGGAGCCUAUUUCAGGGGCCAAUAAACAAGUUUAUGCUCCGGAGCCGUUUGAUGUUGGACGAACCUUGCAGGCAGAAAUCACCUUCGAAGGUGGAAAAGCCAUGGUUUCUUCCACUGGUCCAAUUGAUCCUGCACCAGGUUUGGGAAGCUAUGUUGAGGCUCUUGUGCGUAGACAUGAUACGGAGUUCAAUGUAGUAAUCACUCAGAUGAAUGGCGUAGAUCAACCAUCACAAUCAAUCCAUGCUCUACAUGUUGGAAAGAUGAGGAUGAAGCUUUGCAAGGGCAAGACAACAAUUGCCAAAGAGUACUAUUCGUCUGCAAUGCAGCUUUGUGGGGUAAGAGGUGGUGGAAAUGCUGCAGCACAAGCAGUAUUCUGGCAAGUAAAGCAGGGCUUGAGCUUCAUUAUAGCAUUUGAAUCAGAAAGGGAUAGAAACGCAGCCAUUAUGUUGGCCAGGAGGUUUGCUUUCGACUGUAAUAUUAUGCUGGCUGGUCCUGGUGACAGAACACUGCUAGGGUCUUAAACUUCCACCACCCUGACCUUUCGGUUAAUUGUAAUUAUCAAAGUUCAGGAACGUGUCAUGUAUAUUAAGUUUGCACUAAUAGAGAGGUUUUAGAAGAGGCUUCGACAAUGUCAUUGUGUGAUGGUUUAUCUAGUGUGCAACCACCCCGCCAUCUCUCUUCCUAACCACAGAGGCAUUCAUUUUUUAUUUUUUUUUAUUUUUUUUUUCAGGUUCAUCUCAUGGGAAUCCUGGGUUUGUCGGUUUUUUUUUUUUUUCCUUCAUUUUUAUUAUUGUGUCCCUGUAAAAAAGAUUAAGGCAGGGCUGACAGCCUCUGAUUGAUUGAUUUAUUUGAUCAUAUGGGAGUGGUUUUGUUGAUUUGCUAAUAGAAAAAAGAAAAUAACUUUUGUUGUCU